ACCCCCAUGUGCCCCUGAGUAACUUGCAAUUUUGCUUCUCCUUUAAAUUUCCUGUGUGGCUGGGUACUACAUUUGCCACUACCACCAUCACCAGCAGCGCUGCUUCUUGAUGUUGUGGUCGGGAAUACGCAUGCGCCCGGCAUUGGAAUUACUGCACUGGCAAGAAUAAGUUGGACCUCGUCUGUCUUCACUAAAAGAAAAAUACACAUAACAUAAGUAUGUCAGUGUUCAGAAUAAGAAGAAUGGGGUGUUUUUGCGUCUGGUUGCUCCCUCUCGUAGUGACUGUGGUGUGCGCCCAAAGUGUUGGUGACCCUAGCAAUAUGUCUUUGGUUAAAGAAACGGUGGAUAGACUGUUGAAAGGUUAUGAUAUACGAUUGAGGCCAGAUUUCGGAGGUCCUCCUGUUGGAGUGGGAAUGAAUAUAGACAUAGCCAGCAUAGACAUGGUAUCAGAAGUCAAUAUGGACUACACAUUGACAAUGUACUUCCAGCAGGCCUGGCGAGACAAACGGCUGUCCUACACUGAAAUCCCCCUCAACCUGACCUUAGAUAAUCGGGUGGCUGACCAGCUCUGGGUCCCUGACACAUACUUCCUCAAUGACAAGAAAUCAUUUGUCCACGGUGUCACAGUGAAAAAUAGAAUGAUCCGACUGCACCCAGAUGGCACCGUACUGUACGGUCUAAGGAUCACUACCACCGCUGCUUGUAUGAUGGACCUGAGAAGGUAUCCAUUGGAUGAGCAAAACUGCACACUCGAGAUAGAGAGUUAUGGUUACACUACAGAUGAUAUUGAGUUCCACUGGCGAGGAGGAGACAAUGCUGUGACGGGGGUGGACAAAAUUGAACUUCCCCAAUUCUCCAUUGUGGAUCAUAAGCUCAUCUCCAAGAAUGUCGUCUUCUCCACAGGUGCUUACCCUCGUCUGUCCCUGAGUUUUAAGCUGAAAAGAAACAUUGGGUACUUCAUCCUGCAGACAUACAUGCCUUCUAUACUCAUCACCAUCCUCUCCUGGGUCUCCUUCUGGAUCAACUACGAUGCAUCUGCCGCCAGAGUGGCUCUCGGUAUUACCACGGUGCUCACCAUGACUACCAUUAACACCCACCUGAGAGAAACCCUCCCCAAAAUACCCUAUGUCAAGGCAAUAGACAUGUACCUCAUGGGCUGCUUCGUCUUUGUCUUCUUGGCUCUGCUGGAGUAUGCGCUGGUAAACUACAUCUUCUUUGGACGGGGCCCUCAACGUCAGAAAAGGGCAGCAGAGAAACUUACUACUGCCAAUAACGAAAAGAUGAGGAUGGAUCCAAACAAGUGGCUGGUGGGGAGUGUAGUUGGCAGAGAUGACACUCUGUAUGCAAGAAUGAAACAAAGGGAUCUUGAUGGUCAUGACUCGAUGUGGGAACCAAUCUUUGUGGAUGAUGCAGCAAUUGGACUUGGCGAUCAAAAAAAUAAGAUGGACCAACAUGAAAACAUACUUUUGGGCACUCUGGACAUAAAGAACGACAUGGGCGUUUCAGAGCUGGCUUUGGGUCUCAAUGACCCACGAAAUACCAUGCUGACAUACGACAGCUCAACUCUACAGUACCGUAAAGCAGGGCUGGCAAGGCACAACUUUGGCCGAAACACACUGGAGUGCCACAUGACUCGAAAGAAGAGCCGACUACGGAGGCGCGCUUCACAGCUAAAGAUCACAAUCCCAGACUUGACUGAUGUAAACUCUAUUGACAAAUGGUCGAGGAUGAUCUUCCCAACUGUCUUCUCCUUCUUCAACAUUGUUUACUGGCUUUACUAUGUUAAUUAAAAGAAACAAAGGACAUCAGUAAAGGCAAGACCAAAUAAGCAAAAUAUGUUGCUCAUUUGUUGUUUGUAUCUGAUGUGUUUCAUUUUCAUGUGAUUGCAUACAACUGGACUGAAUUACUAUAUUCAGGACUGGAUCUAUCAUAUCUAAUACCGCAUUUGCUGGCUAACACGUGGAAACCUUAUAGAAGAGAGAUUACAAUCAUAUAAGGUGCCUGUUACUGAGAAGUUGUUUAAUUAUAAAUAUUUUAUGAAUUGUGUUUUGCCAUUUUUUUUUAUUUGUUUGCAUAGUUUUUAUGUUUUAUUUUGUUACAUUUACAACAUACAUAAUUCAUUGUCAUAUUUUAAUGACCGUUUAUUUUCAGUAACACUACUUUAAAAGUGUUGAAGCAUGUUUCAGGUCAGCAGGGUUUUCUAAUAUUAAUUAUGUCAAAGACACAAAAUGUUAGUUAAUUUCUUACUAAUAUAAUAAGGGCCUAAGGUUUACAAUUCACACUAUCAUAUGUUGUGUAAGAAAUUUCAAUGCAGCGUUUUCUACUUUAAUAUACUGGGUGUACUAAUUUAUUUCUAAGCAUUUUCUCAGUUCAAAAAACAUUUUAAUAGGGUGGAAUUAAGUAACAACUAACAACAUUCCAAAACUCAGAUUGCACUCAAGAUGCCUGUUGACAGUCAGACACAGUAUUACGUAAAGAAUCAUAAAGCUAAUACAGACAAUUUGGAUUGUCAUUAUUAUAUAUUGUGUCAAACAGUUAAAAGAGAGUAAAGAACAACAAGAGAGAAAUAAGUAAGAAAGAAAAUAUAAAAUUGUAAUCUUAAGCCAAACUGGCAUUUCGUAAAUUUUAAUAUUAUUAACAUUCUAACCCAAAGCACAUAUAAACAGUAUGGAUGUCUUUGGGGAUGACUGUGUCUGAAUAACGUAGUUUAGUCUUUAACUGUAUAUGUACAUAAAUAUCACUAGUAUGGUACUUAUCAUAGGAAUAAUAUGAUCUACAAAAUGUCCUUUUCAGCUCUCGAUUCUCACUUUCUAGGAUACAUAUUUACCACAUGGUUAAAACAAAAGUUCACAAUUGCUGAAAAGGCACGUUAUCAGCUAUGAUAAUUAUUUUUAAGGGUUCAGCAGAGAAAGGGAUGAUAAGGAUUACAGGGCUUCAUUGGUCCACACACAGAUCAGAAUGCAUAUAAGCACAAAAAAAACUUCAAUCAAUUUUCUAUGCAGAUGGUUUUCUCCUUUUGUUGCCAAUAAGUUUAUAUACUGUGUCUGCCUCCCAAGCCAGAUUAUUAUAAUUAUCAUUGAUUUAAUACCUUUUAGUCAUGAAUUGUUUCCUGAUUGAAAAAUGGGUUGAUGUUCAUAGAGAACAUAGCCGUAAAUCCAAAAUUGACAUAUAAUAGAUAAUUACAGAUUGUUUACUCAUGAUGCUGUGCUUUUGACUCAAUGUACACAAGGAAGAUUUUAUAAAAGAUUUUGCACACAAGUUGUUUAAAGUCAUAGAGGCUGUACCGUCGUUCUUCUUAUACUUGGUGCUGAAGGGGGCUGUCUUGAGAGAACCUUUAUUGUUAUGACUACAAUCACACUUUAUGUUUCAGUUACCACAAGUUCAAAAUACAACUAGGGCUGGAAUACACAGUAGUGUCAUAUCCCCCCCCAUAGAUUUGCCACACAGUCUUUUUGAAAUAACUUUGGGGUUAUGACCUAAUUUUCACAUACACAAAGUACCAAAUUAUUCAUCAAAGGAGUUAAAAGUUGCUGUAAGUGACAAAGGCUCAUAUGUGAAAUUGUACCUACAAGAACAUUGCUGAAGACCUAGGAAGGAAGACUCCAAAUAAUUUUCAAAAAUCACACUAGUAACUCUUGCUUUUGUCUCACAUGGUUCUUUUGAGUCAACCCGAAACAACAAAUAACUGACACAAAGGGUUACUUUCUCCUGGUAUGCCAAAAAAAUUUGAUUGCGAAGGUGAGAGUGAACACUUAAACAUUAAUAUGCUAAUUGUUUAACUAAAACGUAGCCACAUACAGUUUUGUCUUACUGCAUGCUCUGUACAGUAGUAACUCCUUAAUAUUGUUUUUUUUCUUCUUUCUUACUGAUUUGUUUCAUUUCUUUUGUGCUUUUGGUGUUUAAGUCACCCCACAAAUGAGCAUACAUAGGUCUAUAAUUACAAUUUGUAAAGAGUGUUUGAUUGGUAUUUAAUGUUAAAGAUGUUAUAACAAAUACUUACAUUUUUCAACAAAAAAAAAGAAUUUACGUAAAAGUUACAACCAUUUUAAGAAUGACACAAUGAUGCAUUUUUACAAGCACUGCCCAACAUUGUGCAUAGUUCUAACUUACAAUAACCAUACUGGUGUUCACAUGUUACUUAUCAAAAUGAACCAUUUUCCCAUUGUGUUGAUCUAUGUAUUGGAAAAAAAGUAAAUAUAUUUUAUUUUGGGAGUUUUAAUAGCUUUGGUUAUGUCAAACAAAAUUUCUUAUCUUUCUUGUUUUUAAUGUUUAUUUAUUUUUAAGUAAAUUUGCUAAACAAAAGCAAAUGGAUCCAGAUAGAUUCUGAGAUUUACCAAUAACCUGAUUAUUGUGGAUUUUUCUAUAGAUGAGGAUAAGUUGAACUGAAAUUUGGGAUCAUGUUGUGAACAACACAUUUAAAUAAGUAUGUACAUAUCAGAUAGACUAAUAAUGAUCAAUUGGAACAUAUAUUCCUGUAAAUAUAUACCUGAGCUUUCAACAGAAAAUCAAUUUACAUUUUCAAUUUAAUUUAUACUGUUAUGUUAAGAUGAUGCAAAAGCUGAUGUGAAACAAUGUAAAUAAUCUAUUUUACAGUCAAUUGAUCACUUUCUUUGUUUUUUGUUUGUCAAAGCACACUUUUUUGGUUUUGCCAAAAUGUACCAUAUAUUCAUGAAUGUAGUUGAUAUUCUCUUACAGCAUGUAUUUGCUGUAAUGUGUCAGCAAAAGUAAUACAAUUUGUUGCACCAAUGAUCAGUUAAAUACAUCUUAAUGUACAACUUUUCAAACACACACACACACACACACACACACACACACACACACACACACACACACAAACACACACACACAAACACACACACAAAGGUUCAAGUGAUAAAGUGGCUAGUGAUGCCUUUGUAUCAGCCAGAAAGUCAACCAUCUCAGGUCAGCACAAUUCACACUACUAACAACAUAACAACCACAUACUACAAUUUCAAUCCCAAGAACUGUACUUCAGGAAAAGUACCUUAGUGAUCUUGUUUCUGUAAUGUGUUUGCUUUCUCUGUUUACUGUAAGACAAGUCCCAUAAUGCUGUACACAUUAAAAGUACUAUGGCACACUUGUUCAGCAUUUGCAGAAUCUGAACACCUAAAAUAUUUUAAGUCAUUAAGGUACUAAAUCCACCUCAGCCAUAAAAAUGUCUCAACCUACCUAAUAUACAUAUAUUUCUUAAUCUUCAGAAUAAUACUUUAUGUGGUAUGACAUGGUGUAUUUAAGUAUGAGUGUGUAGUGGAUGUAUGUUGACCAGACAGUGUUUCCAAAGCACAGCGGCAACUGGCAUCAAUGGUCUGCUUCAUAAGUUCUACACUUUGAAUAUGUGCUUGUACUUCACAGCGCUUUUAUGUUUCAUAUAUUUUUAUACUUCUAUACUCCUGUGUAAAAAAAAAGUAUUACUGCAGACACUGUCGUUUGGCAUAACCUUAUAAAUCAAAUUUUGGCAAUUUUCACAUUUAUAUACAGAAUGAUUACGUUGUUCUCUGGGGAUCCUGGAAACUUAAUGACAUGUCUACUUACAAAAUCCUGUCAUCCCUUGUAUAAAGUUGAAAAAAUACAUGGUUGUACAUGGGUUGAAAAUGGCUUUUUAUCUCUUCAUUCCUGGAAAGUAAGUUUUUUGGGAAAUGCAAGGUUUUCAUCAGAGAGCGGAGUCUUCUCUGGAGAGCAAGGACAGACUGACAUCCUAAAAGCCUAAAUGACACAUCUUGGUGACAGUGUAUGUUUGCACACACUCACAAAAGAAGCCUUAGCCUCCUGCUGCCCUGGACUCCACUCCAAGGAGCAUUAAUCCUUCUUUCCUUCUCAACACCCUCCACCUUGAAAAAUCCUUGUAUGUGCCACUCACAAGAACAUUCCCAGAAACCCAGAGCUGUACCCUUCUCAAAGAUAAGCCCUGUAAAAGUCAGUGUCUGUCUUUACUAUGAAAAACCUAUUGAAAUGAAUAAAUUGUCAAUAAAUAUUGUAUACAGUUCUAA